AUGGUUCAAAGUCCGAUUUUGAACAAAAGUAGUGCUGUUAAUGGAGCUGCAAUUGAUAGUAAAAUCAAACAUCGUUUGGAAAUGUCUGAACAUGCCCCAGAUACAACGAAAAUCUCGCCUCGAAAUAAUCUACGAUUGUUUCUUUCGUUGACAUUUGGUUCGCUUGGAAUUAUAUUCGGUGAUAUUGGUACAAGUCCAUUGUAUGUCGUUCAUACAAUCUUUGCUGAAAAUUUAAAUCCUACACGUGAGCAAUGCAUUGGAGCGAUAUCAUUAAUUAUUUGGAAUUUGCUCAUUGUUGUUACGAUUAAAUACGCUGUUUUUAUUCUGAUGGCCGAUAAUCGAGGUGAAGGUGGAACGUUUGCUCUUUGCGGAUUACUAACAGGAGAUCAGAGUAGGCUGCGUGCUCGUGCGAAGCAUGCCAUUAGUAUUGUUUCAAUUCUUGCUGCUUCAUUGCUAAUCGGCGAUGGAGCAAUAACACCGGCGAUUAGUGUAUUAUCAGCUGUCGAAGGUAUCACAACUUCGUCAGAAUCACUAGCUAAAUGGAUUCUUCCAAUUACCAUUGUCAUUAUUAUUGCUCUAUUUUUCGUGCAAAUGUUCGGAACAUCAAAAAUCGGUUUAACUUUUGCCCCGAUUAUGAUUGUUUGGUUUGCUGUUCUAUUUGCAAUUGGUAUAUGGCGAGUUACAUUUGAUCCAGUUAUUCUACGAGCAUUCAAUCCUUGGGAAGCGAUAUCCUAUUUAAUUCGUGAAAAAAAACAAGGCUUUCUCCAAAUUGGUGGUGUCUUCCUUUCUGUCACAGGUCUCGAAGCACUCUAUGCUGAUCUAGGACAUUUUGGUCGAUGGCCAGUGAGAACUAGUUGGCUAUUUAUUGUUCUACCAUCGGUUAUGGCUAACUAUCUUGGUCAAGGAGCUUUAAUCAUGAGCCAUCCGGACACGAUUGCUAAUCCAUUCUAUAAUGCUGGUCCGGCAUGGGCACGUUGGCCGUUGAUCGUCUUAUCAACACUCGCCACAAUUAUUGCUUCACAAGCAAUUAUAACAGGUGUGUUCUCAUUAGUAAGUCAAGCAUCUGCUCUUGGCUAUUCACCACCAUUACGCGUAAUUCAUACAAGUAAAAAAAUAAUCGGUCAAAUAUACGUUCCAGGUAUUAAUUGGAUAAUUAUGUUGCUAACAUUGGCAAUUACUCUCUUUUUUGGUAGCAGCACCAAUCUAGCACAUGCUUAUGGUGUGACUGUCUGCUCAGUUAUGUUCGUAACAACAAUACUCUAUAUGUGUGUAAUGCGCUACGUUUGGAAUCAACAUUGGAUACUAGUUCUCCUGUUCGGCAUCUUCAUCGUCAUUGAUCUAUACUUUUUAGCAGCUAAUGCGAUUAAAUUUCUUGAAGGUGCAUGGGUGGCAGUGCUGAUUGCUCUAGUCUUCUUUAUUAUUGGCUUUUGCUGGUAUUACGGUCAAACUACGCUUCGUCGGUAUCUCCAUACGAAUGCUCAAACAACGGCUCUUGCACAAUUGCCUCGCCGUCUUGGUAUUGACACUCCCGAUGAACCAAUACUGGAAGCAAAUAAUCACACCCAUUCACGUGAAAAUAGCCUACCUGUCCAACAUCAACAAGCCAGUAGUGAUGAAGAUGAUGACGAGAAAACAGAUCCAAGAAGUAACAUACUUCCGCCAAUUAGUAAUGGCAACAACGGAUCGACGGGUCAUCGAAUAUCAUUUGUUAAUGCAAAUGAUGAACAUGAAUUUCAUAUCAGUUCUACAAAUCACAUUUCCUGUACAGUUACACCUGGCCUAGGCGUUUUUCUCACGACGUCAUCCAGACAUACACCACACGUUUUCGAACGUGUCUUAGCACGUAUGCAUGCACUUCCGCAAGUAGCGAUCUUUCUUAAAAUGGAAUAUGCACGUGUACCCACCGUUGAUGUUAGCCGACGAUUAAAAAUUCGUACUUAUGGAAAUGCACAAAGACAUAUUUAUCAUAUUACAGCAUGUUUUGGUUACUCUGAACAUAAAAUUCGACUACUUGAUAUUUUACAAUUGGCUGCCACAGAACACAAUGUUCCAGUUCCUGAAGACAGAAACAUAACAUUCUACAUUCCAGCUAUAUCCAUUCGUGUCAAACGGAAAGGAUGGCGUGUAUUCUUCAGUAAAUAUAUAUUAGUUAUCUAUUCAGUGAUAAAAAAUAUGUUUCCAUUCGGCCAAAAGAACAUUCAACUACCACCUGAUCAAACAGUCAGCGUUGGAAUGCUUGUACCUUUAUAA